AUGUCUGGCCGAGGUAAAACUGGAGGCAAGGCACGAGCGAAGGCGAAAUCCCGCUCUUCCAGAGCCGGGUUGCAGUUUCCUGUGGGUCGAGUUCAUCGGCUUCUACGUAAAGGCAAUUACGCCGAGCGGAUUGGAGGAGGAGCCCCGGUAUAUUUGGCUGCGGUGCUAGAGUACUUGAGCGCUGAGAUUUUAGAGCUCGCUGGUAAUGCCGCGAGGGACAACAAGAAGAGUCGGAUCAUCCCACGACACUUGCAGUUGGCGGUGCGCAAUGACGAAGAAUUAAAUAAGCUGCUCGGGGGAGUUACGAUUGCCCAGGGUGGCGUCUUACCAAAUAUCCAUGCGGUUUUAUUGCCGAAGAAAACCGAAAUUCUACAUAGCGCUAGUAGCAGCAAGCCCACCACCAGCGUGAGCAAGUCUGCCAAGGUACCCAAAGUCGCAGUCAAACCGACGACCGCUCCUGUUGCUGUUCAGUGA